AAAGGGGCGCAGGAAGAAGGGCUCCUCGCGGAGGAGGCGGUUUCAAUUCGGGAGCAAUUGGAAAAAUAAGUUGGAGGAGGCGCGCGCGCGACAAGCACCACACUUCAUCGAAGAGACCGCUCCUACGUCGAGUGUGAGCAAGUUGCGAGAGUGCCGGCGAGUGCUCUGACUGAGGAUUAAUAACCCGAUCCAAAAGCAAAAGAGAGAGGAAAGAAAAAGAGAGAGAGAGAGAGGGAGAGACGAACAAGAGAGAACAAUCAAUUGUCGAUUGUUAAUAAUCCUUUAAAAUUAUUUGACGUGUCUCUUUUAACACGAAAGUAAAUCUUGUGUUUUUGUUUCAAAGUGUUUCAGAAAAAAAGUGAUUGUCGAAAUAACUAGUUAUCUUAUGGUGUUUAAAUGAUUAAAAUAUAGUAAAUUUAUGAUAUGAACGGAAAAAGAUCAAAAGAAAAAUGUGUUUGAUAUACAUGCGAACAUUUAUUGAGUCGUACGUUUAAUUGAUGCGAGUGUGUCAAAGAUUGGUAAAAUUAUUUGAUUAGGAAUCAUUAAGAUUAAGGGAUUAUUCUAGUGUGUAUAUAUAUAAAAAAAAUUAAAAAAGGAUAUUUGUAAAGGAUGGAGGAGGAGAAAAGAAGCGAAACGUCACCUAAACCUUCUCAACCCACACCUUUCAGCAUCGCUGAUAUUCUAAGUCGUAGAACGUCAAACGGUGAACACGAAAAACAACGUAUGAUCGUCACCGAAUCCGACGAAAUUAUUCAAUCAGGUGUUUGCGAUUCGAUUAAGAGAACGUUCGAACGUGAUAUUAAUAACGGAGGAGGAGGAGGAGGAGGAGUAGGACAAAUCGAGCGGGAACAACGUUUAAUCGUAACUGGUUUUCCAAGAUUACCCUCGCCCGACACUAACAUGGCACGAGAAUUGGAUAUACUCAGGAGAAAUCUAGCUCAUGCUAAUCUCACGAGUUUCGGUGGUUUGCCGCACUUAGGGCAGGCAUCUUUCAAGCAUCUAGAAACUUUGGGUAACCUACCAGCUUAUCAGACCACCAAAGAAUCCAGGGAAUCAUCACAAAGACAACAGGACGAGGCACUGGAUAUGAGCAAGAACAAAUAUCUUGAUGAUAUAGAAGAGGAUAUAUUCGAGUCGCAAAAUCAUGGACAAAGUUUGCAAAGUAGAAAAAAACGUAGCAGAGCAGCAUUCUCUCAUGCACAGGUUUACGAAUUGGAAAGAAGAUUUGCGGCGCAGAAAUAUUUGUCAGGACCUGAAAGAGCGGAUCUUGCACGUGGAUUAAAAUUAACCGAGACGCAAGUUAAGAUUUGGUUUCAAAACCGACGAUAUAAAACCAAAAGACGUCAACAACAGGAAUUAGGUGCAAUCGUGAAUUCCGGAAACGCGAGACGCGUAGCCGUACGCGUUUUGGUACAUCCGGAUGAACAUUUGAGAGGAUUGCCUCUUCGUGGUUCCGGUCAACUUCCCGGACAAAUGUCAAGCCCGCAAAUUCAUCCGGCGAACAAAGCCCUCGGGGGUUUCCCUUACUAUUGUCUGCCCUAUCACCCUUUGCUUUGUCCGCCAUUACACUCCACCCACAUUCAGGUACAAAACGCUAUCGCACCGGAUCUCGAUCAGGGACAAAUAACAAAAUUGACCAACGACAAGUAAAAUGGAAAUUCUAUCAAAAUCCGAUCAAAUCACGUUUUAUUUCUGCAGAAAGUGAAAUAAACGAAUACCAGGAAAAUAAAAAAUAAAAUCACAAGAAUCAUUGAUCGACAUUUUUAUCUCUGACGAGUUGUUUAGUUUGUCGAAUUUUUAUCGGAGGAAAAAAUAAAGAAAAGAAAUUAAAUUAAAUUCUAAUGAAUAUAAAUGUAAAGAAAAUAAAGAGGGAAAGGGACACUAAAAAAAACCCCCAUAAUUUUAGAUUUAUUAAACGUGUGAACAAUUUGUAAAUGACGACGAGUAUUCUUCGUUGUCAAAGCAUUCUAUAAAUAAUAAUAAAUAUAUUUAUACUAAUAUAUAAGCUGGUAGAGAGAGGUUGGAAAGUUUUGAGCUCUAACACAAUAAAGCUUUUAUUUACUUUUUCCUUUCCUUAAAUAAAAAUGAGCUCACAACUUUUCAAUCCAUCCACCUAUUAGUAUACAUAUAUAAAUUUAUUAUGAAUUAUAUAGAUAAAAAAAGUAGGUGCGAGCGUGUAAAUUAGAUUGUAAAUAAGUGUAUAAAAAAAAACUGGUUUAACGAAAUCAUGGAGUAGAAUGUUCGAUCGACGAAAUAUUUAUUUACUAUCUUUCCAUCUUUCUCGAACUUAAAUCAACCAUCCUCUUUACCUCGAAGAUCGUGUGUUCCUACGUGUAAUUAAAUAUUCUGUAGGAUUAUUAAAUUUCUCGUUGAUUGUACCAAAGAUGGCGUAUGUGCAAUAUCGUUUAAGAAAAGGAACAAAAAGAUACCUGUGCAAAAGUCGAUUAUAUUUUGUUGC